CACCUUCCCGUUGUCUCUCAGGUCACGUUCUUGGUUUCUCGUCACACUUCCUAUCUUUGACCGCACUUCCUUCACGCUUGUUCCUUCUAUUCUCGUACAGAGUAUGUAAGUAUUACCCUAUAAACUUGCUCUAACCCGCUAAUAAGCCACUGCUCCUUCCCUCAUUCGCACGUCGACAGCGGGGUACUAGCCAAUCCAAUCAACCCCACUUACGUACAGUUUCUCGAUAAGAAUCACGUGAAUCUACGGUGUACAGAGUACAAAAAUAGUCAUCACGGCCGUUUAUUCCGCUCUGUUUGUCCGGAUCACGGAAGAACGGAAAAACAUGGGAAAGGCCGGGAAUCGUCGGGUGUGACGUCGUAUGGAGUGUGGAUGACUGGAUGAGAUUUCUGUGGAUUUGGAUCAGAUUGGAUCAGAUUUGUAUGGAUAUGGCUAUGGAUGGCGUCGAUUUAUGUGUGGAUGGUCACAUAUGGCCACAUAUGGUCACAUAUGGUCACACUUACUACAUGAAACUGUGGUUGAGAUCUGUGGACUUCGGCUCCCGUCGUUGAUCCGUGCCGAUGUCGCCAGUACUGCUGACUUUGUCCCUAUAGCCAAUCAAAGACUCCAAUUCUGUUCAAUUGUGCUGUGGCAAUCGAGGCGGUGGAGAAUGUUUGACCUGGCCGGGAAUUGCUGGGAUAGGAUAACGGAAGGGACGAUGCACACACUAGGUAUGAGGCUACGACGGGCUAGACGGGGACGGGGCGAAGAGCGAGGAGGAGGUGCUUCGAUGCUUCAGCAUGCCGGUCUUCCUUUAUACCUAUAAAGGGAUAUAUCUUCGAGCCUUGGUACUGGCAUUCUUCAUACUACUGACGACUAUUAACGACUCUAUCGACGACUACAUGAUAUAGGCGGCCGGCAUUUACUCAACAGCUCCACAGACCGAGGUGGCAAACCAGGAUCUGAACAAAUCAACAAUAUACCUCGAUACUCCAGGAACACUCCCACGACCAUACACGAUGGCUCCCGGCCUCACCCUCCACGAUAGCCCUCCCCUCUCCAGCACAACCUCCAAGCUCGCCUCUCCUCCCACCACAUCCCUCUCCCCGACCCCUUCACCGGCUUCCUCGCCGAACACAACUUCCUCCACCACCUCCGCGGCAGACACGACCAAGCCGGCUCCACGCCCUUCCAAUGCCUUUGAGGACCUCGUUGACUCGCUGACGGCCAUCCUAGGCCCGACGUCCGGCUUGACGAGCGAGGGCGUUGAUGUCGAUGCUCUGACGAGGCUGAUGAGGGAGUAUGAGAGUAAGGAGGAGGACUGGGGAAGGUACGCGCUAGGAGACGCGUCGAGGGGAUAUACAAGGAAUCUGGUAGAUGUAGGGAAUGGAAAGAGUAACCUGCUCAUCCUCGUCUGGUCCCCUAACAAGGGAAGCCUCAUCCACGACCACGCUGAUGCCCACUGCCUCAUGCGUAUCCUCUCUGGUACCCUGCGCGAAACCCGCUACGCUACCCCUCCUUCACCCGCCGCCGCCGCCCCCCCCACUGUCCUCAAAGAAACCACAUACUCCGCUGGCCAGGUCACCUACAUGUCUGACUCCCUCGGCGUACACAAGAUAUCCAACCCAGACCCGGAACGGAUGGCUGUUAGUCUGCAUCUGUAUACCCCGCCGAAUGCCGCGAAGGAGGGUUGCCAUGUUUGGGACGAACGCCAUGGAGGCAGGAGCCACGUGAAGCAGAAUAAUUAUUUCUCGGUGAUGGGGGUGAGGGGAGGUAGGGUGGAGGACCUGAUGUGAGGGGGGUUUUGUGUGUUAAUGUUUUAUGAGUCUUUAGGGUUUCAUGGGGGUUUAUGACUGGCUUUAAGGGUUUGGUUGAGGGUAGAUGGGGUGCGGGAGCGGGAUAAGUUGUAUAAUAGACAGCUGUUAAUGACAUCAUCCACACGCGAC